CAGGACCGGUUGCACGACGAGGGUUUAUAAGCGGGAGUCGGGAGCCGUGUGAGCAUUCCCGUGUCGUCAACCCUCCAGAGAUCACCAUGUGGCGGUUGUCCGUUCUCUGCCUGCUAGCCAGUGCGUCUGCACAAAUCCCCUCGCUGGGAUGGUGCCCAGACUUUCAGCCUAUGGUGAACUUCAACAUGAACCGCUUCCUCGGGACAUGGUUUGAAGUGGAGCGGUACUUCACCGUCAGCGAGCUGGGCACCCGAUGCGUCGCCACCAACUACAUCAGCACCCCUGAGGGCAGGAUCCUGGUCUCCAACGAAAUCACCAACUACAUCACUGGCUUGAAGCGGCUGAUGGAGGGACACAUCCAAAUGGUGGGCCGCGAGGGCGAGGGCCGCUUCAUGGUGAAGUACUCCUCUCUGCCCCUGCCCUACGACUAUGAGUAUAGCAUCCUGGAUACUGACUACGACAGCUACGCCGUCAUGUGGUCCUGCAGCGGUCUUGGGCCCGUUCAUACACAGAGCGCUUGGCUGCUAACCCGCGACAGGCUCCCAUCGCUUAUGACGAUGCAGAAGGCCUACGCCGUUCUCGACCGCUUCAAGAUCUCCAGAGCCUUCUUCGUCAAGACCAACCAGGCUGACUGCACCGUCUUGCCCGACCCUAUCGCUGACCCCAACUAUGAAGAGGGCAAGAAAAUUGACGUAAUCGAGAAGAGCGCUGGCGUCAUUGUCGAUAACGUGAAGAAAGUCGAAAACCCUGUUGAGAAGGUAGUUGUCCCUGAAGUUGUAAAGCCUGAGGUGCCACAAGAAAGAUCUGCAGUACCCGAGCCAGCUGUGGACGACGCCAAGCCCCUGCAAGUGCCCGAACUCAUCAUGUCAGAGUCCGAAAAGAAAGAAGAAGCAGUCGAACAACCAGUCCUGAAACUGGAUGCACCAGAGAAACCCGUGGAAUCCGAAAUGAAGGAAAAAGAGGCAGAGCUUCCUCAGAGGCAGGCAGAGGCUCAGUAAAUACAGUUACAUUGGAAUGGUACAAUGGUAGUCAUAGAUUGUGAUCAAAAGUGUGACGAUUUAAAUACUGAACACGAUAGGGCUAUUUGACCAAAUAAGUAACGCACGAGGCAAGAAACACCGGUGUUUGGGCGCCUGUGGGCGCAUACAGCAUCGAAUUAGUUUUAGAUGCACGAUAGUCACUACAAUUGUAAUAAAUCUCGAAGUCAACUCUGAAAUAAAUUAAUAAGAAAUAA